AUGCUUAACUUUGUACAAAGAUUAGUGGAAACAUUUAACAUUGGGGACAGCAUGGACCGUGUUUCAGUGGUACAGUACAGUUCAAAUGCUGAGGUGCAUUUCUAUCUGAAUACGUAUUCAACAAAGGAGGAAAUCAUCAAUGCUAUCAGCACCGUAAAGCACAAAGGUGGGAGACGGGUCAACACAGGCUCAGCUCUCCAAUAUGUGAGAGAAAAUGUCUUCACUGCCUCUGCUGGCAGUAGACGCCAGCACGGUGUGCCUAAUAUUCUCAUACUGCUCGGGGCAUCAAGGUCAACAGAUAAUGUUGAUCAACCUGCCUCUGCCCUCAAAGAGAUUGGAGUGUAUUUUGGUGUUGGAACCAGAAAUUUGAGCAGUGAAAUUCAGAGAAUUGCAAAUGGUCCUUCAUAUGCUCACACUGUUUCUGAGCUCUCUGACCUAGCCAAUGUCCAGCAGCAAUUUUACUCCUCUCUUAGCAGUGCACUUCUGGACAUAAAGCCAGUGAUGCCUACGGUUAUAGUUGACCAAAGGCUUGAGGGGAGAGAUGUCGUAUUCCUUCUCGAUGGUUCAGACGGCACAAGGAGUUAUUUUCCAGCCCGCGAUUUUGUUCAAAACUUUGCGGACAGGUUGCAUGUGUCAGAUGGGAGAGACCGCGUCUCUGUAGUCCAAUACAGCAGAGAUCCAGAGGUGCAUUUCUAUCUCAAUACAUACACAACAAAGGAGAGCGUUGUCGACGCCAUUAGAGGUCUGAGACAUAAAGGAGGGAGACCUCUCAACACAGGAAUGGCUCUCCAGUACGUAAGGGACAAUGUUUUCACUGCGUCUUCUGGAAGCAGACGUUUACAGGGUGUUCCUCAGGUCUUGAUUUUGUUGAGUGGAGGAAGGUCUCUUGAUAACGUUGACGUACCAGCCUCUUCCCUGAAAGAGCUUGGAAUCUUGAUCUUUUCUGUGGGAUUGGUAGGCUCAGAUACCGAUGAAUUGCAAAUCUCAAAUGACCCUAGUGCCACACUCUCAGUGACAGACUUUACUUACCUCCCCAAUGUACAAGAGCAGCUUCUCUCCAUCAUUAACACUGGGCUUGUAGGAGUCGCAAGUAAAUCUCCAACCACAAGAGUUGAGACCCAUGUACCGAGGAGAGAUGUUGUGUUCUUGCUGGAUGGGUCGGACAGCAAUAGAAAUGGGUUCGCAGCAAUGAAAGACUUUGUCCGGCACAUGGUGGGGAGUUUGAACGUGGGCGAGAACAAAGACCGUGUGUCUGUAGUCCAAUUCAGCAGAGAUGCUGAUGUCCAUUUCUAUCUUAAGACAUACACGACAAAGGAGGAUGUUCUUGGCACAGUCAGUGCUUUGAGGCACAAAGGUGGAAGCCCAAUAAACAUUGGGGCAGCUCUUCAAUAUGUCAGAGACAACGUAUUUACUACCUCCUCGGGUAGCAGACGUCUGGAGGGUGUGCCACAGAUGCUGAUCCUGUUGAGUGCCGAAAGGUCUUCUGACAAUGUCGAUAUCCCAGCUGCGGCACUGAAGGAUUUGGGUAUCAUGAUUUUUACGAUAGGAUCGAGGGACUCUGAUAGCAAUGAGCUCGAGCGAAUUUCAUUUGACCUCAGAUUCUCUCUGACUGUGUCAGAUUUCACUGAUCUCCAAAAUGUCCAGGAACAAUUUCUGACUUCUAUAGACACUCUGGCAGUUCCCCUCACUCCAUCCUUCCCACCUUCUCUUGUUGAUUAUGGGGUUUCUAGAAAGGAUGUUGUUUUCCUGCUGGAUGGGUCAGACGGCAAGGAAUGGAUUCCUGCCAUGCUUAACUUUGUACAAAGAUUAGUGGAAACAUUUAACAUUGGGGACAGCAUGGACCGUGUUUCAGUGGUACAGUACAGUUCAAAUGCUGAGGUGCAUUUCUAUCUGAAUACGUAUUCAACAAAGGAGGAAAUCAUCAAUGCUAUCAGCACCGUAAAGCACAAAGGUGGGAGACGGGUCAACACAGGCUCAGCUCUCCAAUAUGUGAGAGAAAAUGUCUUCACUGCCUCUGCUGGCAGUAGACGCCAGCACGGUGUGCCUAAUAUUCUCAUACUGCUCGGGGCAUCAAGGUCAACAGAUAAUGUUGAUCAACCUGCCUCUGCCCUCAAAGAGAUUGGAGUGUAUUUUGGUGUUGGAACCAGAAAUUUGAGCAGUGAAAUUCAGAGAAUUGCAAAUGGUCCUUCAUAUGCUCACACUGUUUCUGAGCUCUCUGACCUAGCCAAUGUCCAGCAGCAAUUUUACUCCUCUCUUAGCAGUGCACUUCUGGACAUAAAGCCAGUGAUGCCUACGUUGACCAAAGGCUUGAGGGAGAGAUGUCGAUUCCUUCUCGAUGGUUCAGACGGCACAAGGAGUUAUUUUCCAGCAAUUCGCGAUUUUGUUCAAAACUUUGCGGACAGGUUGCAUGUGUCAGAUGGGAGAGACCGCGUCUCUGUAGUCCAAUACAGCAGAGAUCCAGAGGUGCAUUUCUAUCUCAAUACAUACACAACAAAGGAGAGCGUUGUCGACGCCAUUAGAGGUCUGAGACAUAAAGGAGGACCUCUCAACACAGGAAUGGCUCUCCAGCACGUAAGGGACAAUGUUUUCACGUCUUCUGGAAGCAGACGUUUACAGGGUGUUCCUCAGGUCUUGAUUUUGUUGAGUGGAGGAAGGUCUCUUGAUAACAUUGACGUACCAGCCUUCCUGAAAGAGCUUGGAAUCUUGAUCUUUUCUGUGGGAUUGGUAGGCUCAGAUACCGAUGAAUUGCAAAAGAUCUCAAAUGACCCUAGUGCCACACUCUCAGUGACAGACUUUACUUACCUCCCCAAUGUACAAGAGCAGCUUCUCUCCAUCAUUAACACUGGGCUUGUAGGAGUCACAAGUAAAUCUCCAACCACAAGAGUUGAGACCCAUGUACCGAGGAGAGAUGUUGUGUUCUUGCUGGAUGGGUCAAACAGCAAUAGAAAUGGGUUCGCAGCAAUGAAAGACUUUGUCCGCACUGGUGGGGAGUUUGAACGUGGCGAGAACAAAGACCGUGUGUCUGUAGUCCAAUUCAGCAGAGAUGCUGAUGUCCAUUUCUAUCUUAAGACAUACACGACAAAGGAGGAUGUUCUUGGCACAGUCAGUGCUUUGAGGCACAAAGGUGGAAGCCCAAUAAACAUUGGGGCAGCUCUUCAAUAUGUCAGAGACAGAUUUACUACCUCCUCGGGUAGCAGACGUCUGGAGGGUGUGCCACAGAUGCUGAUCCUGUUGAGUGCCGAAAGGUCUUCUGACAAUGUCGAUAUCCCAGCUGCGGCACUGAAGGAUUUGGGUAUCAUGAUUUUUACGAUAGGAUCGAGGGACUCUGAUAGCAAUGAGCUCGAGCGAAUUUCAUUUGACCCCAGAUUCUCUCUGACUGUGUCAGAUUUCACUGAUCUCCAAAAUGUCCAGGAACAAUUUCUGACUUCUAUAGACACUCUGGCAGUUCCCCUCACUCCAUCCUUCCCACCUUCUCUUGUUGACCAAAGGCUUGAGGGGAGAGAUGUCGUAUUCCUUCUCGAUGGUUCAGACGGCACAAGGAGUUAUUUUCCAGCCCGCGAUUUUGUUCAAAACUUUGCGGACAGGUUGCAUGUGUCAGAUGGGAGAGACCGCGUCUCUGUAGUCCAAUACAGCAGAGAUCCAGAGGUGCAUUUCUAUCUCAAUACAUACACAACAAAGGAGAGCGUUGUCGACGCCAUUAGAGGUCUGAGACAUAAAGGAGGGAGACCUCUCAACACAGGAAUGGCUCUCCAGUACGUAAGGGACAAUGUUUUCACGUCUUCUGGAAGCAGACGUUUACAGGGUGUUCCUCAGGUCUUGAUUUUGUUGAGUGGAGGAAGGUCUCUUGAUAACGUUGACGUACCAGCCUCUUCCCUGAAAGAGCUUGGAAUCUUGAUCUUUUCUGUGGGAUUGGUAGGCUCAGAUACCGAUGAAUUGCAAAAGAUCUCAAAUGACCCUAGUGCCACACUCUCAGUGACAGACUUUACUUACCUCCCCAAUGUACAAGAGCAGCUUCUCUCCAUCAUUAACACUGGGCUUGUAGGAGUCAAGUAAAUCUCCAACCACAAGAGGUAAGAAAAUCUUUCUAGGUCUAUAUUUACCCCAAAGAGAGAUGUUGUGUUCUUGCUGGAUGGGUCAAACAGCAAUAGAAAUGGGUUCGCAGCAAUGAAAGACUUUGUCCGGCACAUGGUGGGGAGUUUGAACGUGGGCGAGAACAAAGACCGUGUGUCUGUAGUCCAAUUCAGCAGAGAUGCUGAUGUCCAUUUCUAUCUUAAGACAUACACGACAAAGGAGGAUGUUCUUGGCACAGUCAGUGCUUUGAGGCACAAAGGUGGAAGCCCAAUAAACAUUGGGGCAGCUCUUCAAUAUGUCAGAGACAACGUAUUUACUACCUCCUCGGGUAGCAGACGUCUGGAGGGUGUGCCACAGAUGCUGAUCCUGUUGAGUGCCGAAAGGUCUUCUGACAAUGUCGAUAUCCCAGCUGCGGCACUGAAGGAUUUGGGUAUCAUGAUUUUUACGAUAGGAUCGAGGGACUCUGAUAGCAAUGAGCUCGAGCGAAUUUCAUUUGACCCCAGAUUCUCUCUGACUGUGUCAGAUUUCACUGAUCUCCAAAAUGUCCAGGAACAAUUUCUGACUUCUAUAGACACUCUGGCAGUUCCCCUCACUCCAUCCUUCCCACCUUCUCUUGUUGACCAAAGGCUUGAGGGGAGAGAUGUCGUAUUCCUUCUCGAUGGUUCAGACGGCACAAGGAGUUAUUUUCCAGCAAUUCGCGAUUUUGUUCAAAACUUUGCGGACAGGUUGCAUGUGUCAGAUGGGAGAGACCGCGUCUCUGUAGUCCAAUACAGCAGAGAUCCAGAGGUGCAUUUCUAUCUCAAUACAUACACAACAAAGGGCGUUGUCGACGCCAUUAGAGGUCUGAGACAUAAAGGAGGGAGACCUCUCAACACAGGAAUGGCUCUCCAGUACGUAAGGGACAAUGUUUUCACUGCGUCUUCUGGAAGCAGACGUUUACAGGGUGUUCCUCAGGUCUUGAUUUUGUUGAGUGGAGGAAGGUCUCUUGAUAACGUUGACGUACCAGCCUUCCUGAAAGAGCUUGGAAUCUUGAUCUUUUCUGUGGGAUUGGUAGGCUCAGAUACCGAUGAAUUGCAAAAGAUCUCAAAUGACCCUAGUGCCACACUCUCAGUGACAGACUUUACUUACCUCCCCAAUGUACAAGAGCAGCUUCUCUCCAUCAUUAACACUGGACUUGUAGGAGUCGCAAGUAAAUCUCCAACCACAAGAGUUGAGACCCAUGUACCGAGGAGAGAUGUUGUGUUCUUGCUGGAUGGGUCAGACAGCAAUAGAAAUGGGUUCGCAGCAAUGAAAGACUUUGUCCGGCACAUGGUGGAGUUUGAACGUGGCGAGAACAAAGACCGUGUGUCUGUAGUCCAAUUCAGCAGAGAUGCUGAUGUCCAUUUCUAUCUUAAGACAUACACGACAAAGGAGGAUGUUCUUGGCACAGUCAGUGCUUUGAGGCACAAAGGUGGAAGCCCAAUAAACAUUGGGGCAGCUCUUCAAUAUGUCAGAGACAACAUAUUUACUACCUCCUCGGGUAGCAGACGUCUGGAGGGUGUGCCACAGAUGCUGAUCCUGUUGAGUGCCGAAAGGUCUUCUGACAAUGUCGAUAUCCCAGCUGCGGCACUGAAGGAUUUGGGUAUCAUGAUUUUUACGAUAGGAUCGAGGGACUCUGAUAGCAAUGAGCUCGAGCGAAUUUCAUUUGACCCCAGAUUCUCUCUGACUGUGUCAGAUUUCACUGAUCUCCAAAAUGUCCAGGAACAAUUUCUGACUUCUAUAGACACUCUGGCAGUUCCCCUCACUCCAUCCUUCCCACCUUCUCUUGUUGAUUAUGGGGUUUCUAGAAAGGAUGUUGUUUUCCUGCUGGAUGGGUCAGACGGGCAAGGAAUGGAUCCUGCCAUGCUUAACUUUGUACAAAGAUUAGUGGAAACAUUUAACAUUGGGGACAGCAUGGACCGUGUUUCAGUGGUACAGUACAGUACAAAUGCUGAGGUGCAUUUCUAUCUGAAUACGUAUUCAACAAAGGAGGAAAUCAUCAAUGCUAUCAGCACCGUAAAGCACAAAGGUGGGAGACGGGUCAACACAGGCUCAGCUCUCCAAUAUGUGAGAGAAAAUGUCUUCACUGCCUCUGCUGGCAGUAGACGCCAGCACGGUGUGCCUAAUAUUCUCAUACUGCUCGGGGCAUCAAGGUCAACAGAUAAUGUUGAUCAACCUGCCUCUGCCCUCAAAGAGAUUGGAGUGUAUUUUGGUGUUGGAACCAGAAAUUUGAGCAGUGAAAUUCAGAGAAUUGCAAAUGGUCCUUCAUAUGCUCACACUGUUUCUGAGCUCUCUGACCUAGCCAAUGUCCAGCAGCAAUUUUACUCCUCUCUUAGCAGUGCACUUCUGGACAUAAAGCCAGUGAUGCCUACGGUUAUAGUUGACCAAAGGCUUGAGGGGAGAGAUGUCGUAUUCCUUCUCGAUGGUUCAGACGGCACAAGGAGUUAUUUUCCAGCAAUUCGCGAUUUUGUUCAAAACUUUGCAGACAGGUUGCAUGUGUCAGAUGGGAGAGACCGCGUCUCUGUAGUCCAAUACAGCAGAGAUCCAGAGGUGCAUUUCUAUCUCAAUACAUACACAACAAAGGAGAGCAUUGUUGAUGCAAUUAGAGGUCUGAGACAUAAAGGAGGGAGACCUCUCAACACAGGAAUGGCUCUCCAGUACGUAAGGGACAAUGUUUUCACUGCGUCUUCUGGAAGCAGACGUUUACAGGGUGUUCCUCAGGUCUUGAUUUUGUUGAGUGGAGGAAGGUCUCUUGAUAACGUUGACGUACCAGCCUCUUCCCUGAAAGAGCUUGGAAUCUUGAUCUUUUCUGUGGGAUUGGUAGGCUCAGAUACCGAUGAAUUGCAAAAGAUCUCAAAUGACCCUAGUGCCAAACUCUCAGUGACAGACUUUACUUACCUCCCCAAUAUACAAGAGCAGCUUCUUUCCAUCAUUAACACUGGAUUUGUAGGAGUCACAAGUAAAUCUCCAACCACAAGAGUUGAGACCCAUGUACCGAGGAGAGAUGUUGUGUUCUUGCUGGAUGGGUCGGACAGCAAUAGAAAUGGGUUUGCAGCAAUGAAAGACUUUGUCCAACACAUGGUGGGGAGUUUGAAAGUGGGUGAGAACAAAGACCGUGUGUCUGUAGUCCAAUUCAGCAGAGAUGCUGAUGUCCAUUUCUAUCUUAAGACAUACACGACAAAGGAGGAUGUUCUUGGCACAGUCAGUGCUUUGAGGCACAAAGGUGGAAGCCCAAUAAACAUUGGGGCAGCUCUUCAAUAUGUCAAAGACAACGUAUUUACUACCUCUUCGGGUAGCAGACGUCUGGAGGGUGUGCCACAGAUGCUGAUCCUGUUAAGUGCCGGAAGGUCUUUUGACAAUGUCGAUAUCCCAGCUGCGGCACUGAAGGAUUUGGGUAUCAUGAUUUUUUCGAUAGGAUCAAGGGACUCUGAUGAGCUCGAGCGAAUUUCAUUUGACCCCAGAUUCUCUCUGACUGUGUCAGAUUUUACUGAUCUCCAAAAUGUCCAGGAACAACUUCUGACUUCUAUAGACACUCUGGCAGUUCCCCUCACUCCAUCCUUCCCACCUUCUCUUGUUGAUUAUGAGGUUUCCAGAAAGGAUGUUGUUUUCCUGCUGGAUGGGUCAGACGGGGCAAGGAAUGGAUUUCCUGCCAUGCUUAACUUUGUACAAAGAUUAGUGGAAACAUUUAACAUUGGGGAGAGCAUGGACCGUGUUUCAGUGGUACAGUACAGUACAAAUGCUGAGGUGCAUUUCUAUCUGAAUACGUAUUCAACAAAAGAGGAAAUCCUUAAUGCUAUCAGCACUGUAAAGCCAAAAGGUGGAAGGCGUGUCAACACAGGCUCAGCUCUUCAAUAUGUGAGAGAAAAUGUCUUCACUGCCUCUGCUGGCAGUAGACGUCAGAAUGGUGUGCCUAAUAUUCUCAUACUGCUCAGGGCAUCAAGGUCAACAGAUAAGGUUGAUCAACCUGCCUCUGCCCUCAAAGAGAUUGGAGUGUUAAUUUUUGGUGUUGGCCCCAGGAAAUUGAGCAGUGAAAUUCAGAAAAUUGCAAAUGGUCCUUCAUAUGCUCACACUGUUUCUGAGCUCUCUGACCUAGCCAAUGUCCAGCAGCAAUUUUACUCCUCUCUUAGCAGUGCACUUCUGGACAUAAAGCCAGUGAUGCCUACGGUUAUAGGAAUAUCUUAUGGUCCUAAGAAGGAUAUCAUCUUUUUGAUUGAUGGAUCUGAAGGUGUUGGUAGAGAUUUUCCCAUCAUUCAGGAAUUUAUUCGUGGAUUUGUAGACCAACUAACUAUAGGUGAAAAUGCAAUUCGAGUAAGCGUAGUGCAGUAUGGAGACAAUCCACAUGUGGAUAUGCACCUCGAUUCCCACAAGACAAAAGAGGAGGUCUUAAAUGCAAUCACAAACAUCAGACAACAGGGAGGCAAAAAACGAAACUUGGGUAGGGCCAUAGAUUUUGUCCGUCUUAAUGUCCUUGAUUCAACUCGUGGGAGCAGGAAGCAGGAGGGUGUCCCCCAAUUUCUUAUAGCAAUCUCAGGAGGAAAAGCAACGGAUAAUGUAGCAGCAUCAGUAAAUAAAUUGAAAGAUUUAGGAAUUGUAACUUUCAGUAUCGGGACAAGAGAUACUGGUCUUCAAGAGCUUCGGUUAAUCUCCUAUGUGCCCACAUUUGCUUACGAAGUGGAAGAUUUGCCUGGCCUUUAUACUGUGAAAGAGCAGUUCAUUAAUACACUUGAAGAGUUGACUGAUGACAAAUUGAGGACACUGAAACCUGUUUAUCACACAGUAACAACAGUAUCAACCAAUGAAAAGAAGGAUGUGGUCUUCCUCAUUGAUGGAACAACUAUGAUGCAGAGAGAUUUCCCUGCUAUUCAAGACACUAUUCUGAAUAUUGUGGAGAAGCUAGAUGUUGGGUUGGACAAAGUGAGGGUUUCAGUAGUACAGUACAGUGAAGACCCCAAACUGGAAUUCCUUCUCAAUGAGCGCUCAACCAAGGAAGAGGUUCGCCAGUCAGUCAGAAGAAUGAGAAGUAAAGGUGGCAGAAUACUUAAUACUGGCCAAGCACUGAGCUGGGUCUCAAAAAACAUCUACCAGAGAUCAGCUGGCAGCCGAAUUGAAGAUGGUGUUCCACAGUUUCUUAUCUUAAUGACUGGAGGAAAAUCUAAUGAUGAUGUGUCUGGUCCUGCUAACCAGCUGAAGUUGAGUUAUGUGGCUCCUUUGGCUGUUGGGUCGGAAAAUGCUGAUUCUGAAGAGCUGAAACUGAUUUCUUUAAGGCCAGAACAGGCACAUAUCAUUAGAGACUUCCAACAGAAACCAGGAGUUGAACAGCAACUUUUAACUUCCAUUGAAACCUUGACUACUAAAGAGAUUGAAGAAGCUAUUGAAACAAUGGAUAUAGGACUAAAUCUUGGAAAAAAGGACAUUGUUUUCCUUAUUGAUGGUUCUGAUAAUGUUGGUCCAGACGGAAUUGCUCACAUCCGUGACUUUAUCCUGAAGAUUGUUCAACAACUCAGUAUACACCCUGACCAAGUGCGUGUGGCUGUGGUACAGUAUGCAGAGAGACCUAAGACUGAGUUCUCUCUUAUAUCCCAUGGCAACAAGAAGGCAGUAAUUUCAUCUAUUAAAAGAUUGCGUCAAAUGAAAGGUCGUGGUGGAAACUUAGCAGAGGCUAUUCAGUAUGUGAUUGAUAAUGAACUAAAGGAGUCUGCAGGAGCUCGGCUGGACAAAGCCUCUCAACAUUUGGUGGUACUCACAGGUGGAAGAUCUACCUCUGAUGUCUCUAAUUAUGGAUCAGUUCUUAAGAGAUCUCAGGUGAAUUGUAUUGGAAUUGGUGCUGGGGCAGCAGAUUCAAGGCAACUCAGGGAGAUUGCAACCACCCUAGAUGAUGUCUUCCAAGUGGCAACUUUCCCAGCACUGCAAAAUAUAGAGAGCCAAUUUCUUGCGAGACUCAGUGGAACAGUUGAGAUUGUAACCCCUGCACCCCCUACACCUUCUGGUCCAAUGCCCAAGAUUGCUGACAUAGUUUUUUUGGUUGAUGGUUCAAUGAACCUUGGGAAAAAUAAUUUUAAUGUGGCCAUGGAAUUUAUCAGAGAGCUUAUUGACCUUUUUGUCACAGAGAGUGACAACCUUCAGAUCGGGCUGGCUCACUAUGCCACAGAUGUGACAGAUGUUUUCUACUUUAACACAUAUAACAACAAGGAUGACAUUUUGAAGGCAAUUACCAAAACUGAAUACAAGGGUGGUUGGAAAAUCAAUACAGGAAAUGCCAUUAGGCAUGUUCAGCAAAAACACUUUGUGAAGGAGAGAGGUAGCCGGAAGGAGGAGGGAAUUCCCCAGAUCCUGAUGCUGCUGACAGGUGGACGUUCACAAGAUGAUAGUAAAUCUGCAGCAUUAGCCCUUAAAAGUACUGGUGUACGUGUCUAUGCCAUUGGUGUGGGUGACAAUGAGAAUGAGAUAAAUGACUUGGGCAGUGAGCCCACCACUGUGGCCCGGGCCAGUACCUACCAAGAGCUAUCCGAAUUAAAUGAGCGGAUUUUGGAUACUCUUGUAGAUGAUGUCAUGGGAAAACUCUGUACAGGUGAUAAAACUGUAACAAAAGCUUGCAACCUGGAUGUUCUUCUGGGCUUUGAUGUGUCUGCUCAGAACAUCUUUGCUACUCAGAAAUCAUUAGACAUCAAGAUGUCUGACAUUCUGCAGCGAAUAACCCAAAUGGAAGCCAUUAGCUGCACUUCUGGUCAGGUUCCAUCAGUGCAGAUGGGAAUAUCAGCAUUGGACUCUGCACAGGAGCCUGUUCAUCUUGAAUUUACAGAUAGCAACACAAAGCUCAUUGAAGCCUUCAGGUCUUUACAGAGCCGAGGACCCUACAUAUUGAAUGGAAAGACUAUUGAUGCCUAUGCUGCAAGGCUCAAGAACCGUCCUGCAGACAGGGUUAAGAUUGUUAUUCACCUCACUGAUGGAUUGGAUGCCCAAUAUAAUGUAAUGAAAGAGCGAGUUGAGGCGAUGCGUAUUGGGGGAGUCCAUGCUUUUAUCUUGGUUGGUCUGGAGAGGGUUCCACUCUUUGAGAAUGCAGUGUUACUGGAAUUUGGACGGGGUUUUAGGUCCAAACCUCUGCGUGUGAAUCUGAUAGACUUGGAAUAUGAACUGGUAGAGGAAUUGGACAAUAUUGCUGAAAUGGAGUGUUGCUCAGUCCCAUGCAAGUGCACUGGCCAGAGAGGCUACAGAGGAGCUAUUGGUCCAUCCGGAACAAAGGGAUUACCUGGAAGCGAGGGCUACAGAGGACAUCCUGGAGAUGAAGGUGGACCGGGAGAAAGAGGUCCUCCAGGUGUGAAUGGAACUCAAGGUUUUCAAGGAUGUCCAGGCCCAAGAGGUGCUAAGGGUGCACAUGGAUACAAUGGUGAAAAGGGAGAUAUUGGAGAGAUUGGUUUAGACGGCAUCAACGGUGACGAUGGCAGGAGUGGAGUUGCCGGACCACCAGGUGACAGAGGCAACCCUGGACAAAGGGGUCCUAAAGGUACCAAAGGCCAGGCAGGAGAUAUUGGUCAGACUGGCAUCCAUGGAGAUCCAGGCAUUACAGGAAAGGACAAUAGCCUAAGAGGACCAAAAGGAGAUCCAGGCGAUGCUGGUCCACCAGGUGAGCCUGGAGAAGAUGGUAAGAAAGGAGGUCCAGGAGAAGCAGGAAGACGGGGUCCUGAUGGGAGGAGGGGUCCAUCUGGACAAGCUGGUUCUGUUGGAAAGCCUGGAGCAGAUGGCGUUGCAGGGGAGAACGGAAUUGGAGGGUCUAGAGGUCCCAGUGGGCCAGUUGGAGCUCCAGGAACCAGGGGAGAAGACGGAAAUCCAGGACCAAGAGGCCCAGGAGGACCUCAAGGACCAUCUGGGGAAAAGGGGAGACGAGGCGUUGUUGGUCGGAAGGGUGAACCUGGAGAACCAGGACCUAAGGGUUCUAUAGGACCACUUGGACCUCGAGGAGAACCUGGAGAAGAUGGGCGAGAUGGCUUUGGAAAACCUGGUCCUGAUGGAAGAAAGGGUGAUCCGGGCUUCCCUGGAUAUCCAGGUCCGAAGGGGGCAUCUGGUGAUCCUGGAACCAGUGGCGGACCAGGACCCAAAGGAAACAGUGGCCAGAGAGGUAUUGCAGGAGGUGCUGGUGAUCCUGGACCGAAGGGAGAGGUUGGCUAUCCAGGACCUUAUGGCCAAAAGGGACCCAGAGGACCAGCUGAAUCAGCUUGUGCCUUGGUCAAGAAAAUCAGAGAUAACUGUCCAUGCUGUUAUGGAGCUCUGGAAUGUCCCCUGUAUCCCACUGAGCUGGCCUUUGCCUUGGAUACAUCGACUGGGGUAUCAAGGGCUAAUUUUGAUGUCAUGAAAAACAUCACACACAGUCUGGUGAAUGGCAUUACCAUCACUGAGAGCAACUGUCCACGUGGAGCUCGAGUAGCCCUAACACUCUACAACAGUGAAGUCACCACUGACAUACGCUUUUCGGAUGCCAUUAGGAAACGCAUGUUGUUGGAACGAGUGCAAGGCUUGCAGUCUCUGAGAACAAAUAAAAAGCGCAACCUGGAAUCAGCUAUGAACUUUUUGGCCCAAAACACCUUUAAGAGGGUGCGCAGUGGCUUCUUGGUGCGCAAGUUAGCUGUAUUCUUUGUGAAUGAACCUGUGGAUUUUACAACAGAGUUCACAAAUGCUGCUUUGCGACUCUACGAUGCUGGAAUCACUAGUGUCUUCCUCAUGCCUCGUCCGACACAGAAAUUCCUGCAGGUAAAUAACACAAUUUUAGCAUAUUUCAAAGACCUGCCCUCUUCAGGAAGUGCAAAUAUCAACACAAUUAUUAAGGAGAUACAUGACUGCCACAUCUGCCUAGAUAUAUGUACUCCUAAUCAGCAAUGUGAUUAUAGGCCUUCCGCAGGAAGUAGGGGAAGAAGGGCCUCAACCACAGACUUAGAUGUUGAUAUGGCUUUCAUCAUUGACAGCUCUGAAAGCACUUGGCCGACUGUCUUUACAGAAAUGCAACGAUAUAUUGCUGACAUGGUGAAUCACCUGGAGAUCUCAGCAGAACCAGCCACAAGUGCCAAUCAUGCUAGAGUAGCACUGGUUCAGCAUUCCCCAUAUGAGUAUUUGUACAAUGAUAGCAAGAUACCUAUUCGCAUGGCAUUUGGCCUGACAGACCACAAGUCAGUUCUUGAUAUCCAGAGCUUCUUACUGCACAAGGUGCAACAACUAGAAGGGGGUCGUGCUCUGGCAGCUGCACUAGAGAGUACAGUAGAGAAUGUGUUUGAGAAAGCACCAUAUCCACGCCAACUGAAGGUGCUCGUUCUCCUUGUGACUGGACCAGUGGCAGAGAAUGAAGAAAAACUGCUUAAGGCAGCCAUUGAUGUAAAAUGUAAAGGUUAUUUCAUUGUGGUGAUAGGAGUAGGUAAGCAGAUCAGUGCCAGAGAUGCUCGUAUCCUGGCCCAGGUUGCUAGUGAACCUUCAGAUGUAUUUUACAAGAGUAUAGAUGGACCUCAAGGUUUCUACAAUGAUCAGCUUCAGAGGUUUGCCCAACUACUGCCCAAGUACCUUAGUUUGAAGAAUGCCUUCUACAUGUCUGCUGAAAUGUCAAAGCACUGCCAGUCGUACCAAAGUGACCAAGCAAGCACUUACAAGAACAACAAUAAACAUGAUGAUCAGGGACAGAAGGAGGAUAAGGAACAAAAGCUGAAAGAAAUAAAUGCUGAGGAUCCACACCUAGUCAAUGUCACUUCCAAAAGUUUCACUUUGUUAUGGGUCAGUAAUGAUCCAAAAGCAAUCCAUGAAGUAACAGUGACUCACCUAAAGGAUCAUCGCUUAAUACUGAAGAGGAACAUGACCGGUCCCCAUCUUACACUCCAAGACCUGGAACCCAGUCAAACCUAUCACGUGGUAGUCAUUAGCCACAGUCUUAAAGAAAAGGCUACCAGCACCUACAAAGGCAUAAUUACCACAAAGGCAGAACAUCUUGCCACAAGUUCCAUAGGUGAACUGACUACAUCUCCACUGAGCAAACCAGAAAUUGUUAAUGAGUUUGCAGACCCAUGCUCACUUGACUUUGACACUGGACUACCAUGCAAAGACUAUGAGGCUAAGUGGUACUUUGACAAAAAGAAUGGAUUCUGUACCCGCUUCUGGUAUGGAGGUUGUGGAGGCAAUGAAAAUAGGUUUGAGACUGAGGCACAAUGCCUUAAACACUGCUUCAAUAAAGUGGACCAGCAAAGUGUUGAAACAAUCAAACCACAGGACAUACCAGUUUCAGCUGCCCAAACGUCAGUGUUGGACAUCUGUAAACUUUCCAAGGAUGAAGGUACAUGUGCUAAGUUUGUACUUAAAUGGCAUUAUGACUCCGUCAGCAAGAGCUGUACACGAUUCUGGUAUGGAGGCUGUGGUGGCAACCUCAAUCGUUUUGACACACAACAGGAGUGUGAAAAAGCAUGUGGAAAUGCCGUCACUGUUGAGCAGGCACAAGUCAUUGCUGCAGUGAGGACAUGAAGGCACACUGAUGAUUCAAGGUUCACCUCUGAGGGAAAAAUGAUUAAAAAAAACCAAGCUGCCUGCACUGGAUUCUGCCAGAGGAACCUUUAUAAUAGGCAUUUUAAUUUCUUUUCCUUCUUUUUUUUUUUUUUGGAAAAAAUGCCAAAGAUGUUGUUGCAUGAUAUUUUUGUACUGGUGCUAGAUAGCAUUUUUGUGUGUUUGUACGUUGUACAGUAUAUUUCCCCCAAAUACAGUACAAUGCCUUAAUUAGUUAAAUAAAAGAAAGCAAGAAAGAAAAAGAAGAUAUUUUGUUAUUGCUGUUUUUUUUUUUUCAUUUACAUAUAUGAACUGCUUGAUGAAAGCUUAUCAUUCUAUCUUCUGGUGGUUAUUGGGAUCAUCUUGUUUUUUAUUGUUGUUGUUUUUGCUGUUGGUAGUGUUUUUUGCUUAGUUUUUAGUCAUUAAUGUUUGUUUUAACACACAAAGACAUUCUCAAGUCCCCUUAUUACGCUUUCACUGCUUGUUUGCACAAUGCCUUAUUUGUAUUCUGUGUUGGAACCACAUUCAUUCAUAAAUUAUCAAAAUGUUUUCAUUGAAAAAACCCUCUCUGAAUGUUGUAAUAGGUGUUUAACUGAAUUUGGCAACAUCAAACUGUAUAAAUUUUUGGUAAAUAAUGUGCAACAUGCAAAAAACAGUAAAAAGUCAAAACUGA